AUGAAGGUCGCAAUUGUUGGUAUAGGAGCUGUUGCGAGGUAUCUUAUUGACGAGCUUCUCUCGAGGAAACAUCAUGUCGUUGCUAUCAGCCGCUCCCGCAAGGCAUGGUUAGACGAUCUCAGCGUCGAGCAGCACCAAGUGCAGUAUACAUCUGAUUUGAUUACACCUCUACUUCAAGGCUGUGAUGCCGUCAUCUGCACAAUAAGCUCAUCUUCGGACGAGCUUGUUGAAGUCCAUGAGUCACUUCUCGAGGCGUGCAAAUCAACUCCGACUUGCAAACGUUUCAUUCCAUCCGUUUGGGUCGGUAACUUCGAAGAUAUUCGCGAUCAACCAUACUACGGCGCUGACAGGAUCCAAAGCAUCUACGACAUGCUUGCGGGGCAACAGUUGAUCGAGUGGACAAUACUCAGUGUCGGUUGGUUGAUUGACUAUGUCAUUCCAGCUUCCCAACGCUACUUGCCCAAUGAGAGGUUCUGGGUGCAAGAUGUGAAAGAUAAAACAUUUAAGCUUUACGGGAACGGAACGCAGACCAUCAGUUGUACGGCCUCACGUGAUGCCGCCUCGGCCGUGGUUCGCUUGUUGGAGACAGACGCUGGGUGGGAACCCUUCACGUACAUAUCUGGCGAGCAGAUAACGUGGUUCGAUCUAUGGCGCGUCAUCAAGGAAUAUGAUCCCGAGUAUCGACUGGCUCCCAAGUCCUUGACAGAAAGUAUUAAACAGCUGGUAGACUCGACGGACGGAAUGGAUACUAUUGAAGCAGUGUUUGAUGUAAUGGGUCAUAGCGAGGCUCUGUGCAAUCCGCAGGAGCGAGUGGACAAGCAUAGACAAAUUUACUUCGAGGGAAUACAGUUUAGAAGCAUCAGGGAGCUUAUUGAGGAUGCAAAGGCCAAUCCUGGGAGGAUUAUAUAG